AUGGAAAUCGAGAGAAAGAACAAGAGGAAGAAAUCGAUGAAGGAAGGCGGGAAGGAUGAGAAACAGCGAGGGGUUUGCUACUUGGGUCGGAUUCCGCCGCGCAUGGAUCCGUCGACGCUUCGCCAGAUGCUCUCUCAGUACGGAGAUAUACAAAGGCUUUAUCUUGCACCUCAAGAUUCUUCUGGUCACGUUCAAAUCAAAGCUGGUAAAUUUCAGAGGCAAAAUUUUUCAGAAGGGUGGGUUGAAUUUUCUGACAAAAGGGUUGCUAAGAGAGUUGCUAAUAUGUUAAAUGGUGAACAGAUAGGUGGGAAGAAGAGAUCAUCUUUCUACUACGAUCUUUGGAACAUCAAGUAUUUGAGUAAAUUCAAGUGGGAUAAUCUUACUGAAGAGAUUGGUUUCAUCUUCUCUAACAGAGGCAAAGGGUCGAAGAAGAUUCAGGGGGCAAUCCCGAUCUCCCUAAUAGCCAGCCGGAACAUGAGGUAUUUGGCGAUUCAUAGUGCUCAAAAUUUUCAUGGAUUUUGGCAUACCUCAACUGGAGGAGCUGUUUCAAUUCGAUACUUUUCGAGUUCUACGUGA